GAAUUUUAAUAUAGUUAACAUUAAAUUUAAGCGUUGCUGGGAGCGUGUGACAAGAGUUGUUGCGUCGUUGAAACCGUGCGUAAGUGUCCUGUCUUUUAUCAGCUCCAUCAGUAAAAGUUUGUGUUUCCCUGACGAGACUCUGCAUUUUGAGGAAGGACAUCUAAGACCGGGAUAAAAUGACAGCGAUCAGAAUGGUUUCUUCAGUGUUGGUGCUGGUACUGAUGCAGUCCGGAGCUCUUUGCGCACGGAGGUUCCGGGGUGGCCGCAACCCACAACCACGACGCUCAUCACCUCCUCCCACACACCGGGCGGAUCGGGGUGACACCACGGAGAGCUUCCCUCUGGAUUUCACCGCCGUGGAGGAGAACAUGGAUAACUUCAUGACACAAGUGAAGAACCUUGCGCAGUCCCUCUACCCGUGCUCGGCGCAGAGGCUCGACCACGACAUGAAGCUGAACUUUUUGGAGAAUACAUCAGUCACCUGCAACGAUGGAAGUCCUGCGGGGUACUACCUGAAAGAAUCUCGAGGCAGCAGACGGUGGUUGAUAUUCUUAGAGGGCGGCUGGUACUGUUUCAACAAGGAGAACUGUGACAGCAGAUACGAAACCAUGAGGAGAUUGAUGAGCUCAUCCAAGUGGCCCCAAACUAAAACAGGCACGGGGAUCCUGUCUCCGCUGCCUGAGGAAAACCCUCACUGGUGGAAUGCUAACAUGGUGUUCAUCCCGUACUGCUCCAGCGAUGUGUGGAGCGGCGCUACAGCCAAAACGGAGCAGAGUGGAUAUGCCUUCAUGGGCUCACUGAUUAUUCAGGAGGUUGUGAAGGACCUGCUGAACAAAGGUCUGGACAACGCAAAAGUCCUCCUUUUAGCAGGAAGCAGUGCGGGUGGUACCGGGGUCCUUCUAAACGUGGACCAUGUGGCGGAGCAGCUGGAGGGACUGGGCCACACUGGGAUACAAGUGCGAGGCCUGUCUGAUUCCGGCUGGUUCCUGGACAACAAGCAGUACCACUGCACGGACUGCGUGGAUGCUGUCAGCUGUGCCCCCACUGAGACCAUCAAGAGAGGCAUCAAGUACUGGGGAGGAGUGGUGCCAGAGAGGUGCAGGCAAACCCAUGAAGGAGAGGAGUGGAACUGUUUCUUUGGAUAUAGAGUCUUCCCAUCAAUAAAAAGCCCUGUGUUUGUUGUCCAGUGGCUGUUUGAUGAGGCCCAGUUGACAGUGGACAACAUCCAGCUAACAGGCCAGCCUGUGCAGGAAGGCCAGUGGCGCUACAUCCAAAACCUGGGCAUUGAGCUGAGGAACACACUCAAAGAUGUCCCGGCUAUGUUUGCUCCAGCUUGCCUAUCACAUGAAGUUAUCACCAGAAAUUACUGGAUUGACGUGCAGGUUAAAGGCACCUCCUUGCCACGAGCUCUGCACUGCUGGGACCGCAGCCUCAACGACAACAGGAACAACAAGGCGCCACCCAAAGGCUGCCCCGUACAUCUGAUCGACAGCUGCCCUUGGCCACACUGCAACCCCACCUGCCCCACAAUCCGAGACCAGUUCACAGGACAAGAGAUGAACGUCAUUCAAUUCCUUAUGCACAUGGGCUUUGAUGUGCAGAAGAUGGCCCAGCAGCAGGGCAUGGACCCCAGCAAGCUACUGGGCAUGCUUAGCAGCGGCAGCUAGAGGGACACACAUGCACACAGCAUCAACAAGCUAAGCCCAAGCAGGGCUGGCUGGUCUCUUUGACCAGUCUUCCAUGCCUGAUACCUCCAACUCCACCUUCACAACCCAUUCUAACUUUAGUCAACUCCCCUCUGGCAUCCUGUUUACUUUAGUCUAAACCUCAGUCAAACACAGGGGGCUUAGAUUUGUCCCACAAUCCCUUUCCAAACAACGGGUAAAGUACAGGGGCAACACGCCACCACGACAAGGCACAACUCUCUGCUA